AUGGAGUGUGAAGUGGGAGUUCAAGGUUUGGAUCUGCAUGCAAAGGUGGCAAAAACGGAAACAGUAGACCCUAUUCUUGGUUUUGGAGCCAUGGAUCAUCAUCACCACAACAAUCAUCAUCAUCAUGAUGCAGAGAUUUAUGCAGAUGCUGAUGAUGCAGAUAAAGAUUUGUGGCUCAACACAACAACAGAACAAGAAGAUUUACUUGUUGGGGAUGUGAAAACAGAUGCAUCUAUGUUCUACGACGAAUUCCCUCCUCUCCCUGAUUUCCCAUGCAUGUCUUCGUCAUCGUCUUCGUCUUCAACUCCAACACUUCCAUUGAAGAAUCUAGCAUGCUCAACCACCUCGACCACAACGGCUACCGCAGCAACCUCUUCGUCUUCGUCGUCUGCUUCUUCUUGGGCAGUUCUGAAGCCAGAAGCGGAGGAUAAUAACAACGGAGAGUGGAACUGCAGUAAUAAACAGCAACUUUACAUGCAACAUCAUGAUCCACUGGACGCAACGGGAGCGUUGUCCUCAACAGCUUCCAUGGAGAUUUCACAGCCAAAGUUUCCGGAUCAAGGUGGAUUUGACGGUGUUGUUGGUGACGUUGAUUGCAUGGAUGAUGUGAUGGACACUUUUGGGUACAUGGAGCUUCUAGAAGCCAACGAGUUCUUUGACCCUUCGUCUAUCUUCCAAGGCGAAGAGAAUCCCUUAGCGGAAUUCACACAAGAGGAUCAGGUUUUGCCACAGCAAGAAGAACAACAGAAGCAAGAAAAACCUGCAGUAGUUCAUAAUCAAAAUGAUCUUGUUGUUCUUAGACCACAGCAAGAAGCAGUAGUGGAAGGUAUUAAGAUCCAAGCAGAUGCUGGUGGUGGUGGUGCAAUUGCGGAUGAUGAAAUGAGUAUGGUGUUCCUGGAAUGGCUGAAGUCGAACAAGGAUAGCGUAUCCGCGAGCGAUUUGAGGAGCGUGAAGCUUAAGAAAUCCACAAUAGAGAGUGCUGCUAAGCGAUUGGGCGGUGGAAAAGAAGCUAUGAAGCAAUUGUUGAAGCUAAUUCUUGAAUGGGUUCAAACCAGCCACCUUCAGAGUAAAAGGCGCAAGGAAAAUAAUAACGAUAACGCAGUGGCAAACCCUUUCACGGAACAGUUUCAAAAUCCAAUUCAUCAAAACCAGAACAACGCAAAUGCUUCGAGUCCUUUUGUCAUUGAACCAAACACAUGUUUCACCCAGCAGCAACCAUGGAUGGAUCAAGCACCUCUAAUGGCAGCCGCUCCUCCGCCUCAGUCUCAGCCUCAGCCGCAAUUUCAACAACCCAUGGUUGGGUAUGUUGGCGACCCUUACACAAACGCUGCUUCUGCAAACACCAUGAAUGGCAGCAAUAAUUUUCAGGCUGGUAAUGAAUACCAUAUGCUGGAAUCGGCGAACUCAUGGCCUCCUUCUCAAUACACUGUUACUGCUUACUAUACCCAGCCAUUUGGGGACCAUUGUUUUCAACCUCCGGCGGCGGGUGGCUUCGGCAACCAGUACCCUUAUCAGUUUUUCCAUGGACAUGGUGAUGGAUUGAUGAGAUUAGGACCCUCAGCUACAAAAGAAGCGAGGAAGAAGCGGAUGGCGAGGCAGAGAAGGCUUUCCUCUCAUUGUAGGCAUCAUGUUAAUCUACAGAGUCAGGGUUCUGAUCCAAAUGCAAGAUUGGGUGUUGGUGGUGAAAAUUGCACUGGUGUUGUAUCUGCAGCUCCGGCUAAUUGGGUGUAUUGGCCAACUAUGGCUGGUGCUGUUGCUUCCGUUGCGCCCGUGGCUCCCGCCGAACCGUCGGCUGUGGUGGAUAAACCUGCCAUGCAGACACAGAAUUAUCAUCAUCAGGGUCGGCUCUCAUCUGAUAGGAGACAGGGUUGGAAGUCGGAGAAGAACUUACGAUUCCUUUUACAAAAGGUGUUGAAGCAAAGCGAUGUUGGAAGUCUGGGAAGAAUUGUUCUACCAAAAAAAGAGGCAGAAACACAUCUACCAGAACUAGAGGCAAGGGAUGGAAUCACCAUAACAAUGGAAGAUAUUGGCACCUCUCGUGUUUGGAAUAUGCGCUAUAGAUACUGGCCAAACAAUAAAAGCAGGAUGUAUUUGCUAGAGAACACAGGUGACUUUGUUAAAGCCAAUGGACUCCAAGAGGGAGAUUUCAUAGUGAUAUAUUCAGAUGUGAAGUGUGGAAAAUUUAUGAUAAGAGGAGUUAAAGUAAGGCAACAAGAAGGGGCGAAAGCAGAGGGCAAGAAAACAGGAAAAUCUCAUAAAAACCAGCUUGGGAACAAUGCGGUGCCUACAGCUGGUGCACCUUAUACGAAUGCCACGUCAUCAUCCACUCAGCAAGAAAAUGAAAAAGAGAGUAUAUAAUAAUAAUAAUAUAAUAAUAAUAUUAUAAUUAUUAGUGUAGUAGAAUAAAAGGGACUACUCUGAAUACCAUGCACAUCAUCAGUUCAGUUUUCCUUCAUGCACGAACGAAGCUUGGAUAGCCAAA